UGUUCACUUUUGCGUUGAACGUUGAAUCUACUUUUCUGAAACGAUUCCGGGUUCUGAAUGAAUCGUUUAGUCCGGCUCUUUCAAACGUUUCCAGCAAGAACCAUGUCCAGUAAAUCCAAAACCCCUAAAGGCGGCAGCAAGAAGGCUACUACGAAAACGGCAGCAGGAGCGACAGCACCGACACCGGCACCACAAGGACCAGUAUAUAUUGAGUCGAAGUCCGGAAAUGUAUUGAUUAAGAUCUUGGCCAAACCAGGCUCCAAAACCAACGGAAUUACCGACGUAGGAGAGGACGGAGUAGGUGUACAAAUUGCCGCACCGCCCAUCGAUGGGGAAGCCAACACUGAACUGGUCAAAUACUUGGCCAAGCUGCUCGAGCUGCGCAAGAGUGACGUCAGUUUAGACAAGGGUUCAAAGUCACGCCAAAAAACGAUAGUCCUCGAGAAGGGUUGCCGGACGCCGGACCAGGUGCUGGACAUUUUUCGAAGAGAAAUGCAAAAUUCAUAAAGACUGCUUGUUGGUAAGUUUGUAACUGUUAUUCCCUUGCUUUACGUGUACUUGUAUAUUUAUACUCUUUUCUACCAAAUAAAAUUAUUGUAAAACAA